CUGUACAUUUUGCUUCCCCACCCUGUAGAGCAUGAACGGGCCUUCAGACUGUCAGUGAAACAGUCUGCAGGUGACUCGUGGACAUGAGACUGAAAUGUCCCGUUCCGUGGCCGAUAGCGGGCGUUGGGCCUCACAUGUCAGAGCUGAAAUAUUCCAUCUAACUAUAACUUCCUGGUAAGAGUUCCAGAAGAGUCCUGACCCUAACCCCAGACAUGUCGCCUAUUUGUGGUGUCACAUAUUUCCAGAUACAAAGACACAGAGUGGUCCCAGUUCAUCCCAGACAGACGUGGAUCCUCCUGAACCUGCACCUGAACGCACCGCCGACGGCGAAGUGGCCGGUGGUCCCACCUCCUCCCAGACUGCAGAUGGACCUGAACAAUCAGCACCUGAAUGCACCACAGAUGUGAAACCUGCAGGACAGUCGGACAACGUCUUCAGCAUGGUCCUGGUGGGACAGACGGCCAGCGGAAAGAGCGCCUCGGCCAACACCAUCCUGUCCACGCUGUCCUACUACAAACCGUACAAACAUCGCUUUAAGUCCGAGCUCAAGUCGGUGCCGGUGACCACCAGGUGCGAGGCGGUGACGCUGAAGGCCUUCGGAGUCAAAAUACGAAUAGUCGACACCCCGGACUUUUUUCACGACCAAGUGGAGAACGGCGAGGCCGAGCUGGAGGCGUGUCGGAGGUACUGUCAUCCAGAGCGCUGCGUGGUGCUGUUGGUGAUGCGGGCCGGACGCUUCACCGACGGAGAGAGGACGUUAUUAGAAGAGCUGGAGGAGAAGAUGGGCUGGAGGGUCCGAGACAAAACCGUCAUCCUGUUGACGCAUGGAGACGACCUGCCGGCAGACUGCGACCAGGACCAGUACGUCAACGGACAGAAGGAGCUGAGGGACCUGGUGUUGAAGUGUAGCGACCGCUGCGUCGUGUUCAAGAACACCAGUAAAAACCCACAGCAGGUCAUGGAGCUCAUCACCAAAAUCCCAGAUUAUAAAAAGAUUUUCCCAAAACUCACAAACGCAAUAUCGAAAAGUCCUUUAUUAUUUAUGAUGGCGACUCCGUUCUGACUUAUCGAUACUUGUUGAUCAGAUUGUGAGCGUCGUCCUGACGUUCACAGCGUAUUUGACGUGAUCUGCGUCGUCUUCUUUGGAUGAAAAUGGAUCCAAACUUAUUUCUCUGUAUUCAUUCCUUUGUGACAGUUUUACGUGAAACACAUUCAACAGUUUUAAAUGUGGAUGAACAUUUAAAAAUGGUGAUUUUCAUUUUAAUAAAAUGAAGAUU